AGCGGUGGUGCUGAUGUUGAGAGAAGCCCAGGGUACCACUAAUCGAGGGAGUGAGGAGAGAGCAGCUCGCUUCGAACUGGACCACAGGUUUGUGACAACAUCCUGAGCUGGUGACCGACCCACUCUGUAACUUUCAGUCGGAUUCAGUCAUCAGAUCCCAGAAACAUGACCCUUGCUGCCUACAAAGAGAAGAUGAAAGAGCUCCCACUGGUGUCCUUGUUCUGCUCCUGCUUCCUGGCUGAUCCCCUGAAUAAGUCCUCCUACAAAUAUGAAGACUGGUGUGGGAGACAGUGUAGGAAGCAAGCUGAAAGCCAACAGAAAGACAGUGCUGACUGGAGAGAGAGAAGAGCACAGGCGGACACCGUGGACCUGAACUGGUGCGUCAUUUCGGACAUGGAAGUCAUCGAGCUGAACAAAUGCACCUCGGGCCAGUCCUUCGAAGUCAUCCUGAAGCCGCCCUCCUUUGAUGGGGUGCCCGAGUUCAACGCCUCCCUGCCCAGGCGGCGAGACCCCUCCCUGGAAGAGAUCCAGAAGAAACUAGAAGCUGCCGAGGAGCGGAGGAAGUACCAGGAAGCCGAGCUCCUGAAGCACCUAGCCGAGAAACGGGAGCACGAGCGGGAGGUGAUCCAGAAAGCCAUUGAGGAAAACAACAACUUCAUCAAGAUGGCGAAGGAAAAACUGGCCCAGAAGAUGGAAUCCAACAAGGAGAACCGAGAGGCCCACCUUGCCGCCAUGUUGGAACGGCUGCAAGAGAAGGACAAGCACGCGGAGGAGGUGCGAAAAAACAAGGAGCUGAAGGAAGAGGCCUCCAGGUAAAGCCCAGAGGCCCUCGACGUUUCCAGGACAGCCGGACAGCUCCAGCAGCUCUGUGUUCCCGAGGCAGCCUCGCCCGCCGGCUGCUCCCAGCACUGGGGUUUGGGGGGAGGGGGGUGGCCAAGGGGCGUUUCCUCUGCUUUUGGUGUUUGUACAUGUUGAGAAUUGACCAGUGACGCCAUCCUAUUUGUUUCCGGGGAACAAUGAUGGGGUGGGGAAGGGGAGAGAGGAAGAGAGAUUGGGAAAGGGACACGGAGGAGAACUCGUGAUGUCGCAGCCCUGCCCGGCCCAGACUCGGCCAAGCCCUCCACUUUUCACAUCUCCGCCUGGACCCUGAGCGUCCGGGCACCAUCUUGAGGGAAGAACACUGGGGCAGUAGAGGUUCAGAGGGAAGGGCGACGUCCCAGGUGAGGCGGUGGCUGUGGGGCCCAUGGAGAGCCCAGCCGGAGGGGCUGUAGGGCCUCGAGGUGUCCUUUCCGCCCUGCGGCAGGUGGGAUGAAGAGUGUGUGUGUGCGCGUGUGCGCGCGCGUGUGUGUGCGUCAGCCAUCAUCUUUUGAUCAUCAUGACCAAUGAAACGUUGACUCCAA